UUGGUCCCAGCGCGCCUGCGCACCGCGGCCGCGCCUGCGCACUGUGUCCGGGUCGGCCGGACGGGGUCACCCUGAGGGUGCUGCUCCGCCGCGAUGUUGACCCGGUUCCUGGGCCCGCGCUACCGGGAGCUGCUCAAGAACUGGUGGCCCACGGCCUACACAUGGGGCGCUGUUAGCACCGUGGGGCUGGUGUGGGCCACCGACUGGCGGCUGAUCCUCGACUGGGUUCCUUACAUCAAUGGCAAGUUUAAAAAGGAUGACUGAUCACACCGACCCUUCGCAGACCCGUCCGGUAGCCGGGCAUGGUGGUGGGCGCCUGUAAUCCCAGCUACUCAGGACCCUGAGGCUGGAGAAUCGCUUGAACCCAGGAGGCGGAGGUUGGGGUGAGCGAAGAUCGUGCCACUGCAUUUCAGCCUGGGCCACAAGAGCGAGGCUCCAUCUCAAAAAAAAAAAAAAAGCAAUGAACAUUUGCUGUCUCACAGUUUGUGUCAGUCAAGGAUUUGGGAGUGAUGUGUCUGGGAGUUUGUGGCUAAGACAUCAGACAGGGCUGCCUCAUCUGAGGAAGGCUCUGCCCGGGCUGGAGGAGCCACUUCCAAGCCGGUGCCCUCACGUGGCUGUCAGUGACAGUGCAGUUCCUUCCUGUGGGGAACCCUACACAGCGCUGAUUGAGCAUCCUCACAACAUGGCCUCUGCCCUCCUCAGAGCAAGGAGAAUGCCACAGCGCUCUUACAACCCACCCUCAGAAGUCUCACGUCAUCAUUUCCGCCACACUGUGUUCAUCAGAAGCAAGCCCCCUAGGUCCAGCCUACGUGCAAAGGGAGGGAAAUUAGGUUUUGUGUUUUGAAGGGAAGAAUAUUGGAAUCCGACAUUUCAAACUAUCACAUUAGGGUUACAAAAAUGAACAGGCUGGGCGCGGCGGCUCACGCCUCUAAUCCCAGCACUUUGGGAGGCCGAGGCAGGCGGAUCAUGAGGUCAAGAGAUCGAGACCAUCCUGGCCAACAUGGUGAAACCCUGUCUUAAAAAGGAAAAUAAAAAUGAACAGCUACAAAAAGAGUACAUGGGCAAAGCCACAGUCCCCCUGCAGCUGAGUUCUUCCCAGCCCUUGCCAGUCUCUUAAAAAUCCUCCUAGACACACUCUGCAUACAUAAGUGUGUUUAUGGAAAUAGCUAUGGUAUCAGUUUCCAACGGUUCCCGCAGCAAAAUACCACAGAUUCUGCAUGGCUCAAACAACAGAAAUUCAUUUAUUCAUUUUUGGAGACGGGGUCUCACUGUGUCGCCCAGGCUGGAGUGCAGGGAUGUGAUCUUGGCUCCCUGCAACCUCUCUGCCUCUGGGAUUCAAGCCAUUCUCCUGCCUCAGCCUCCCGAGUAGCUGGGAUUACCGGCACACACCAUCACGCCUGGCUAAGUUUCGUGUUUUUAGUAGAGAUGGAGUUUUGUCAUGUUGGCCAGACUGGUCUUGAACUGACCUCAGGUGAUCCACCCACUUCGGCCUCCCAGAGUGCUGGGAUUACAGGCAGGAGCCACUGUGCCUGGCAGGAUUUGGUUCUGAUUUUUAAAAAAACAUUGCCCAGGAGGAUGGGCACAGUGGCUCUGAGCAACAGAGGCAGACUCUAUCUCAAAAAAUUAGAUAAAAAUUAAAAAGAGGCCAGGCGCAGUGGCUCAAGCCUGUAAUCCCAGCACUUUGGGAGGCCGAGGCGGGUGGAUCACGAGAGAUCGAGACCAUCCUGGUCAACAUGGUGAAACCCCGUCUCCAAUAAAAAUACAAAAAAUUAGCUGGGCAUGGUGGCACGUGCCUGUAAUCCCAGCUACUCAGGAGGCUGAGGCGGGAGAAUUGCCUGAACCCGGGAGGCGGAGGUUGCGGUGAGCCGAGAUCGCGCCAUUGCACUCCAGCCUGGUAACAAGCGAAACUCCGUCUCAAAAAAAAAAAAAAGAAUUAAAAAGAAACAUUGACCCCAGGCUAGGUGUAGUGGCCCACACCUGCAAUCCCAGCACUUUGGGAGGCCAAAGAGAAUCGCUUGAGCCCAGAAGUUAUAGGCUGCAGUGAGCCACGACUGCACCACUGCCCUCCAGCCUGGGUGGCAGAGUGAGACCCUGUCUCAAAAAAGAAACUGUGGUCCAGGCACAGUGCCUCACGCCUAUAAUCCCAGCAGUUUGGGAGGCAGAGGCGGGCAGAUCACAAGGUCAAGAAAUCGAGACCAUCCUCGCCAACACGUCUCUACUAAAAACACAAAAAUUAGCUGGUCGUGGUGACACGCCUGUAAUCCCAGCUACCUGGAACCCAGGAGGCGGAGGUUGCGGUGAGCUGAGAUCGUGCCACUGCACUCCAGCCUGGUGACAGAGUGAGACUCCAUCUCAAAAAAAAAAGAAGAUUGACUUGAACCCUGAAUCUGUAGGUGACCAGACCCCAGUAGCAAUGAGACUUCCCUGCCUACUUCUGAACCUCCUGUCCUGGCAUUUAAGUCCCAGAAGGGAAGGCAGUAACUUCACACGAUGGCACCAAAGCCCCCAUCAGCCAGUCCUGUGAUUUAGUCACUGGACUCUGCUGUGAAGAGGAGCGGUCUCGGCCCAUCGGCCAUUUAUUCAGGCAUGCACUUCCACCAGCUCCACUCGAGGACCCUUAUUCUACCAAGUAUAAAACAUUUUUUUUUUUUUUUUUUUUUGAGAUGGGGUCUUGCUCUGUCACCAGGCUGGAGUGCAAUGGCGCAAUCUCGGCUCACUGCAGCCUCCGCCUCCUGGGUUCAAGCGAUUCUUCCACCUCAGCCUCCUGAGUACCUGGGACCACGGGCAUGCGCCACCAUGCCCAGCUAAUUUUUUUGUAUUUUUAGUACAGACGGGGUUUCCCUCUGUUGGCCAGGAUGGUCUCCAUCUCUCGACCUUGUGAUCUGCCUGCCCUGGCCUUUCAAAGUGCUGGGAUUACAGGCGUGAGCCACCGCGCCCGGCCAAGUAUAAACUAUUUGUGAACGUUCAUUUUGUUGCUCAGGUUGAUCUAAGCCGGACCAUCGUGAGCCCCUUCCACAUGGGCCCCUGUGUCCCUCUGAUGUGUCCGAGGUCAUUUGGUUGUUAUUGAGGUGAAAUUCACAUAACAUAAAAUUAAACAUUUUAAAGUGUC